AUGGCACCGCGACCAGAGCCAAUAACUCCAACGACGCAAGCAGAAUUCAAUUUUCCUGAUUGCUCCAUGGAACCGUCAAUAUCCUCAGAACAACACGAUCGUUUGACUGAGCAGCUGAGGCCAGAAACCCUCCGUAACCGACGAUCUUCUGCUCAAUCCCCAAAGUUUCUCAAAAGCAGAAGAACAUCACUAACUGCCAAAAACACUAGCAUUCCUUUCCCUGGCCUCACACCACGAUCCCAAAGUGAUGCUUUCGAAUUUGAAUCCGUUAAAGAAGGUGUAAGUGUGGAUUCUCAAAAAGAAGUCCAAAAUGAUGUGACAAUACCACCCAUAACACAACGUAAGGCCGAAGUAUGCCCCGGUGCUGCGUUGGAUGCAGAAAAUCAAAGCCGCAAAUCGACAAAAACCGACGAUUUUCAACUUCCAUCGGAAGCCUCUCAUUUCACUUCACAACACAAGUUCACGUCAAAGAAGACCUCCAUGAUUCCAGAGAUUUCCUUCAUGCAUGAUGACAGCACCAUCCUCGAUGAAGUCCGUGAGAAGCGGUCCGUAGCAAGCAGAGACGACAAGCAAUCUCUGGUGCCUCCAGAAGACGACAACGUCCCACUGCAGCGUAAGAUAGCAUCGGCAGUGCUACAUCCUCCAGGUCAGCACAACUCCUACUUCCGUGCCGCUUCUGAUUACCAUCCAGCCCAGAUCUUUAGAACCGGGCUGAAUCCGUUGCUGAAGGACAGUGGAGAUGGUUGUGUGUAUCCUUGGAUGAGUGUUCGUAACAAUUCUACUGACGAAGACGAUGAUGACGACGAUCUUCCCCAAUCUCGUCUGUUUCCAUCAAUGAGAUUCCUGAUCGCCGUUCUUCUCUGUUGUUGCUACAUCACCAUGUCCAUCAGCACAUCAAACAUGGCCGUAGCCCUUAUCUGUAUGAUUAAAUGCCCCCUUCGCAACUACUCUGGAGACUUAGAUUGGGAGUCUGAUCAAGAAGGUCUGGUCCUGGCUGCUCAGAAUGCUGGCUCACUUCUGAUGCUGUUGACUGGACUGUACGCUGACAGGAUCAACGGGAAAUGGAUGGUGUUAGCUUCUCUGAUUCUGUGUGGCAUUGGAAACUUGACAUUGCCAUUGUUCGCCCAUGAUUCCUUUUGGUACGCUGUGAUUGCUCGUAUUGCCAUUGGAGCGUCUGAUGCAUGUAUGUCGCCGGCUGUCAACUCUCUGAUCACACGGUGGUUUCCACGAACUGAGAGAGCUGCUGCCAUUGGAAUCAUCACUGGAGGACGUCAGAUUGGCACUUUGUUCAUCCUUCCCACAGCUGGAUAUCUUUGCACAAGGACUGACAUUCAAGGUGGAUGGCCUGCCAUCUUUUACUUGUCUAGCUUCAUUACGGUAAUCGUGCUGGCUUGUUGGCUACCAAUGGGGGCGGAUAAACCAGCCAAACAGUAUUGCAUCAGCCAUCGGGAAAGGAUGUUCAUCGAAGGAAGGUAUGUUCAUGCACGAUAACAAAUAUAGAAGAUAACAAAAAUAAAAUAGCAGUGUUGUCCGAUUCCGGAUCGAUGCCAAUUUUAAAACUUUUAAUGAACACAGUUUUUGAAUUUAAAAUCAAUUUAAAUUUCAGUAUCGCCUGUGAAAGCAUUGGUAAACGAUCCCAAGCCCGCCGUAUACCAUGGUACCAUAUCAGUCGUUCUGUUCCACUAUGGGUUGGUGUUUUCACCCUGAUAUGCCACGAGUACCCCCUUGUUAUCAUGCUUCAAUUCCUCCCCAACUACAUGAGAGACGUUCUCGAGUUUGCCCCCACCCAAAAUGGAUUACUCUCAGCCUUACCUAUCUUCUUCUUGUUCCUCAGCAAGACCUUGUCGGCUUCAUUAUCGUCAUGGCUAGCUGUCAACACCAAAUACAGUAGAACCACCAUCUGUAAGGCCUUCAAUGCCAUCGCUUCAGCUGGUCUGGCGCUGAGCAUCGUAUGUGUACCACAAUUCGGCAAAGAUACCGCGUUUUUCGCCGUUAUAUCACUGUGCUUCGCCAUGAUGUUUGCUGGUAAGUCUAAAACAUACAUAUCAUAGUUUAAAAAUAUUUAGGAUAAGAUAUAAAAGCUGUUUUAAAAUAGAAAUACUCAAAAAACAAGUUUAAAACACUGUCUUUCAUCAUCUUAACAAUUUCUUACCUAAAAUCCUCCUUUUUAGGCUUACACACACCAGGAGUCCAAACUGCCCUUCUCCAACUCGCUCCACCGUUCUCGGGUGUUAUCACUGGCAUCUCCUUCUUCGCCGUAGCCUGGUUCUCCAUCGGCAACAAGAUAUUGACCAAAUGGAUCGUUCAAAAUGGCACUCAAAGUGAAUGGGCGAUGGUGUUUUACAUUUCUGCCAUUAUUGCCGCUCUUCCUGUGGUCGUGUUCUCGUUGUGGGGAUCUGAUGAACGCCAAUGGUGGGCCAUGCCCUCGUCCAAGGUGUCUGCCGCCACCGUGGCCACGUUGGGAUGCCAAUCGACCACUUCAACUCAUCUCACAUCGCUCAGCCGAUCUCAGAGUCAAAAAGGGCUUAACAGUGUGUAG